ACUUUCGCCGCGAAGUGUCAGACGGAAAUUCCACAACCAGCUGGUGAACGCGAGGAAAAAAGUUAAAAUCCUUGAGAAAGGAAUCAAUUAGUGAGCCAUGGCUAGUCGAAAUCUGACAGAGGUGUUCCUUAUUAUGCGGAAUAAUGCGACACAGAGCAAAAACAUGUAUCCCGAGAGUAGAGAUUCCGAUGCUGAACACCUUUUGAGGAGAUCAGCUAGAGACACAGAAGAGGGAUUGGAGAUGAGAGACGACAACGAAGCGCCGCCAGUAUGGAUUGACAAACUGGAAGAAGCGCAGUACACAAUGUCCAGGAUCAAGCCGAAGCUCGAGGAAUUGACCACACUGCACAUGAGACACUUGCAGCGACCCACCAUGGAUGACCACUGUGAGGAAGAGGCUCUAAUUGAGGAUGCCAGCACGGAGAUAUCGAAGCUGAUUGCCUCGACUCAUCGCCACAUCCAAUGCAUCCGGUCGAGCUUGGGCCAGGGCAAGAGAUUGGAGCAGCGCCUCACGCAGAACGUGGUCACUUGCCUCCUGCUGCAGCUGCAGGAUAUCACAUUCCGCUUUCGGAACAGUCAGAAUACGUACUUGAGGCAGAUGGCGUCGCGCGAGGAGCGCUCGAAUGUGUUCUUCGAGACGCAGGACUUCACCACGAUUGAUCUCGAGGAGCCCGCCAGGGAGACAACAGUCGAGACCUUCGACAACUUCCUGAAGCCCAAAGCGACAGUGCUGCUGGACGAGAGUGAUGAGCAAAUCGACGAGUACUUUCAGCAGCCGGUGGCUUCUAGGCUUACGCAUCAGCAGCUGCUUCUGUUCGAGGAGGAAAACACGAAGCUGAUCGAGCGGCGGGAACAGGAAGUGUCACGUAUUGUUAAGUCCAUAGUUGACCUGCAUGACAUCUUUAAGGAUCUGGCGGGAAUGGUGCAGGAACAGGGCACAAUCCUGGACAGGAUCGACUACAACGUGGAAAAUACGCAAACGCGUGUGUCAGCAGGUCUGAGACAGCUGCAGCGCGCGGAAAUGUACCAAAGAAAGAACAGGAAGAUGAUGUGUAUCCUCAUCUUGGCCAGUGUGACACUAUUCCUGAUGCUCGUAUUGAUCUUUACCAAAAUUUAA